UCGCGGUAUUCAGAGUUGCGAGAUGUUAUGUGGGCUAUGGCGACUGAAAAUUGAAAGGUUAUAACAUGGGGGGGGGACUGCUGUUCUCGCUGACCUGUUUUCUUUAGUUGGUUAUGGCGGCAGCGGCGACUCCCCCGGCGCACUGGAGUCGGUUUGAGCAGGAGCAAGACCUGACAUUACGGGACCUGAUCCGGCGACUAACUGGCCUGGACGGGCAGAGCUGGGAAGAGGCUGGCCACUUCCAGGCGGCGCUGAACUUCGCCUGGUCCAACUUCAGGUCCGUUAGCCGGGGAGGGGUAUGCCUCGAGCCCAACGCGGAGGAGGAGCGGCGCGUGACCUGUUACCGGCUGCUUGCUGCCUCAGUGUAUUCUGAAUCCUCCAGAGCAGCAGCUUUAACUGUGCCCUUAGAAUGCUCAUUUCACUUCAUGCUUGAAAGGUUUCAUCGAUUUCUUGAUGUCAGCAGUCACAAAGUGGACAAAAUAAUAGAGGGAAUAUAUGAAAAGCUGAUUGUUCACUCAGACCUUGUUAAAGCUGCAAGUUGGAAGGAUUUAACGGAAGAAUUUCUGAAUUCACCUCUUCCAGCCACAGAAGGAACAAAGACAGAUACCCAUUAUGCCAUACUCUCUCUUCUGCUGUGCUUAUCUGAUUCUCCUUCCAACACCAGUUAUGCAGAAAAACCGAGAGAGAAAGAAGUGGAAAAAGAAGAAUUUGAUUGGGGAAAAUACUUAAUAGAAGAUGAAGAAUUUGAUUUUGGUCCUGAUUUAGAAACACCGGAGUGGUCUGAAGUUAGUGAUGAUGAAGAAGAUACUGAACCUUUGAGUAGAGAAGACUCUGGCAUUCAGGUAGACAGGACACCACAAGAAGAUCAGGAUCAAAACAAGAAAUCAGUGUCUCAUGGCACCUGGAAAGAUGAACCUGAUGCACGUACCUGGCUGGAGCAACAUGUAGUUGCCCAGUACUGGACAGGCAGAGGAGUCCGUUUUCCCCAUAGUUUGCAUAUUCAUUCCAAUUUAGCUGCAGUAUGGGAACAGCACUUAUAUAGUAGUGAUCCCUUGUACAUGCCGGAAGAAAAAAUUCUUGUCACUGAAACACAGGUCAUUCGUGAAACAAUUUGGCUGCUUUCAGGUGUAAAGAAACUCUUUAUAUUUCAGCUGAAUGAUGGAAAGAUUACUGUGAGAAAUGACAUCAUGGUAACCCAUUUGACCUACAACUCAUUAAGAUCAAUGCUGGAGCGGAUAGCAGCAUAUGGACAAGUUGUAUUUAGGCUGCAAAAGUUUAUUGAUGAAGUCAUGGGUCACAGCUCAGAAAGUGGAAUGCAUGGAACUAUUUCCACUCCCAAGAAAUCUGCAGAUGCCCCAUUUAGAACCUAUCAAGCUUUCAUGCGAGCCCUCUAUAAAUACUUCAUAAGCUUCAAAGAGGAACUUACUGAAAUUGAGAGGAGCAUAAUAAACAAAGAUGCAACAAUCACUCUUUCCAUAGUCAUUGAUCAGUUGUCACAUCGACUAGCACAGCUGAAUGUACUUCAUAAAAUUUUUAGCACUGGAGUUGCAGAAGUACCUCCUGACACUCGCAAUGUUGUAAGAGCAUCCCAUUUGCUUAAUACAUUGUACAAAGCUAUCCUUGAGUAUGACAACGUUGGGGAAGCCUCUGAACAAACGGUCUCCCUCUUGUUUUCUCUUUGGGUUGAAACAGUAAGGCCGUAUUUACAGACGGUGGAUGAGUGGAUUGUCCAUGGUAAUUUAUUUGAUCCUGCUAAAGAAUUUAUAAUUCAGAGAAACAAAAAUGUUCCAGUUAACCACAGGGAUUUCUGGUAUGCUACCUACACUUUGUAUAGCGUAUCAGAAAAGACAGAGAAUGAAGAAAAAAUGAGUGAUAAUGCCAGUGCCAGUUCUGGCAGCGAUCAGGCACCCUCAAGUAGACAGCACACCAUGGUCUCGUUUCUGAAACCUGUACUAAAACAGAUCAUUAUGGCUGGAAAGUCUAUGCAGUUGUUGAAGAACUUGCAGUGCACAGAUGGCUCUUCUCAGCAGGCUUCAUCAAGAGAUGCAGAAAGGAAGAGCUUGUACACGUUAUUUCUGGAGUCUGUACAGUCACGCUUGCGGCAUGGAGAAGAACCUGUUCAGGAUAUUAUUACAGAACAGCAGGCCACUAAGCAGAGUCUAAUAAAGAUGCAGUCUAUUGCAGAAAGACACUUGGAGUUGGAUGAUGUUCACGAUCCCUUGUUGGCUAUUAAUUUUGCAAGACUAUAUUUGGAACCAAGUAACUUGCAUGAGACCCUUACUGGUGAUGAUGUUUGUGUGGAUAGAUCAUCUGAGUCAGUUACAUGCCAGACAUUUGAACUGACAUUGAGGUCGUGUCUUUAUCCUCACAUAGACAGACAAUAUCUGGAGUGCUGUGGAAACUUAAUGAAAACGUUGAAGAAAGAUUACAGGCUCGUAGAGUACCUGCAGGCAAUGAGAAACUUUUUCUUACUUGAGGCUGGUGAUACUAUGUAUGACUUCUACACAUCCAUUUUCGAUAAAAUAAGAGAGAAAGACACAUGGCAGAGUGAACCAUUCCUUAAUGUCCAGCUCCAAGAAGCAGUUGGACAGCGUUAUCCAGAGGACAGUUUAAGGCUGUCUAUAUUGUAUGAAAAUAUAGAUAUAGCAAAGAAGAAGCUACCUGUUCAUACCUUAGAUGGCUUAAUAUUGAGCUACAAGGUCCCUUGGCCUGUGGAUAUAGUUAUAAGUGUGGAGUGUCAAAAAAUCUAUAAUCAAGUGUUUCUUCUGUUGUUACAAAUAAAGUGGGCCAAAUACAGUCUGGAUGUGUUAAGAUUUCAUGAACUAGUCAGAGCGGCAGAAAAGUCCCAGAAUAAAGGAGGACCUGUACUUGAACAAGAGCCAUUUUCUCACUUUGGAUCACAAUUGGAGCCCAUUAAACAACAGACUCAUCAGAUGUUCCUUUUAAGGAUGAAACUGAUGCAUUUUGUUAACAGCCUGCACAACUACAUCAUGACUAGGAUUCUUCAUAGUACGGGUUUAGAAUUUCAACAUCAAGUGGAAGAAGCAAAAGAUUUAGAUCAGCUGAUUAAAAUUCAUUAUAGAUACCUUUCUACAAUCCAUGAUCGCUGCCUGCUGAGAGAAAAGGUUACCUUUGUGAAAGAAGCUAUAAUGAAAGUGCUGAACCUAGUACUGAUGUUUGCAGACCGUUGGCAAGCUGGUUUGGGAGCUUGGAAGAUGGAAUCCAUAACGAAGAUGGAAUCUGAUUUUAAAAAUUGCCACAUGUUCCUUGUGACAGUAUUGAACAAAGCAGUCUGUAGAGGCUCUUUCCCACACUUGGAAUCUUUAGCCUUGUCUCUUAUGGCUGGAAUGGAACAAAAUUAGAAAAAACAGAUUUGAUAAAACACUCAAGUACCUGCAACAUCUGUCCAGCACUGUAAUCAUUCAAUGCUGAUUGCUUACAUGAAGUAUAUUUUGAACUAGGUGGCAGAGUUUUCCUUCUGAAUGAUCACAGAAUUUCAGUCUUAAUUUUGGGAUUGUACAUAUUUGUGCUUGAAAGAGUAACAAAAAAAACACCUGUAAAUAAAGCAUUUAAUGCAAUUA